CUCUAUAUUCUCUAUUUUACAAUUUACUACCGUCGACGGUACAAAAACACGGUACUCAAUAAAUGAAAUAUGUUUCGCGCCGGAAAAUGGUAAAACGACAACCUUACUUUUGUACGUCAGUCGGUCAGUGUCACCGUGCCGAAGAUCUGCGGAAUUAAUGUGGGUUGAUGAUGGUUCGGACGAAGAAUUGAUCUGUUAUAUCAACGACGUCGUGCAGAGCAGUUGGGGUCCACCACCAAUGAGAACAUGGGAAGAAAUCUUUUCGCUCCGGAAUAUACAUCACGAGAUCAGUGGAAAACGCAAGACCCUUUUGUCUUCUUCCUUCCACUGUCUACCAACGGACAUCAGAAGAAACAGGGGGAAGGUGAAGCAUCGGAAGGAUCGCCGGAACUCUCGAUGUCGAUACUACCUCCUACGGCAGCUCCUCUGGUGCCGACGUCCAAUGCUACCUCUCCUCCUCCUCCGAUAGCUGCGUCUCCAGAUGGCUCUACUACAAAUUCUGUGGUUGAAUCGCAGCCGAGUAGCCUUUCGACUGGGCUCGUGGGGCUUACAGUGGGCCUAGUGUUGGGUGGAACGUUCGUGCUGAUUUGCGUGGGUAUUUAUGUAAUUCGGUACAGGAGGAGGAAGAAGAAGAAGCUUGCACAGAACAACUAUGGCGGUCCUUCCUCCUCUCCUCAUCCACAAGUACCGAAAGUUGACCAUCAGCAUAGGCAACAGAAUGCUCCUCAAGUCACUAUUCUACCAAUUCCUACUCCUCCACCAGGAAUUGCAUCAAAUCCCCAUUCCUCUUUGGUUAAUGUUUACCCCUCUGCUGAGCCUCCUUCAACUAGUAGCAGCUUGGACUCUGAGAAGCUACCUUCCACAUCAACAUCCCCUGGAAUAGGCCUAGGGUUUCCACAGAGUACAUUUAGUUUUGAAGAAUUGGCAUCAGCAACAAAUGGUUUCUCUGAUGCUAACCUCAUUGGUCAAGGAGGCUUUGGUUAUGUCCAUAAGGGAGCCCUUCCAAAUGGGAAAAUAGUUGCUAUUAAGCAGCUUAAAGCUGGGAGUGGGCAGGGUGAGCGUGAAUUUCAGGCAGAGGUUGAGAUCAUUAGCCGUGUGCAUCACAGACAUCUUGUUUCACUGGUUGGUUACUGCACCACUGGGGAGAAGAGAUUGCUUGUGUAUGAGUUUGUUCCAAACAACACAUUGGAAUUUCAUUUGCACGGAAAAGAGAGAGCAGUUAUGAGCUGGAAAACCCGAAUGAGAAUUGCUUUGGGCGCAGCAAAAGGAUUAGCAUAUUUACAUGAGGACUGUCGGCCCAAGAUCAUACAUCGUGAUAUCAAAGCAGCUAAUAUUCUUCUUGAUGAAAGCUUUGAAGCGAAGGUUGCAGAUUUUGGACUUGCGAAGUAUUCUUUAGAUACUGACACUCACAUCUCGACUCGAGUGAUGGGAACAUUUGGUUACUUAGCACCAGAGUAUGCAUCUACUGGGAAGCUCACUGAAAAGUCAGACGUCUUCUCCUUUGGUGUUGUGCUUCUGGAGAUGAUUACUGGACGUCGUCCUGUUGAAAAAACUCAAGAGGAAAGCAUGGUUGAUUGGGCAAGGCCUUUGAUGUCACAAGCACUGGAAACUGGGAACUUUGAUGCUCUUGCUGAUCCAAGGUUGGAGGAAGAUUAUGAAUCCAGUGAAAUGGCUCGAAUGAUUGCUUGUGCUGCUGCCUGUGUGCGCCAUUUAGCAAGGCUUCGGCCACAGAUGAGCCAGAUAGUCCGGGCUUUGGAAGGAAAUUUGGCUCUGGAUGAUCUGAACAGGGGAAUGACCCCUGGGUAUAGCACAGCUUUCAGUUCCCUUGGAAGCCUUGAUUACAGCACUACUCAGUACAAGGAAGACUUGAAGAAAUUCAGGAAGAUGGCACUCGAAACACAAGAGCUGGCUAGCAGUGAAUAUAGUGGCCUGACCAGUGAGUACGGUGUCAACCCAUCCACGUCCAGCACUGAUGGGCAACCAACUACCCAAGAGAUUGAAUUGCCAAAAACACAGAAAGAAACCAAGGAUUCAGUUCAAAGCUCUUGAAAGUCAAUGAUUGAUUCCUUUGAAAGUCAUCAUUCAUUCCCAUGCAUCUCCUCACAAACAGCCUCAAUCUGAGUGAAUAACAAUGCGAACUAACGUUGGUGACCAUGAUGCAUUCCCCUCCCUCCCCACGGAUUAGGUUUUCCCAUGCGUUCAGAAAGUAUUUGCUGAAAGAUUCGAGUUCUGAGAGUUUGGAUGGAUUUUGAUAUUCCACUAGAUGUGUGAUUUCAACCUAUUGUUUUGGUUGUUCAAAGUUGCUGAACUUCAUUUUGUAUAAGUUUUAUGAGCCAAUUUGAAACAGUGCAUGGUUGUACCAUAGAACAACUUAACGCAAACAAUUAUGCGACGAUGCAUGGAGUCUAAAAGGAAAAAAAAAAAAAAAAAUUCUUUU